GUCGUUGCUUAACACCUUAACUAGAGGUACACCGCAUCACGGAUUUGGGGGUUCCAGAACAUCAACGCUGAUCUCAUUCCUCACCACCUCACCCUGCGUGCGCCACAGCCGGACAUCGCUCGGAGCUUCUCCUGCAGCCGUCCUCGUGACAUCCUCCUCGUGACUCCUCGUGAUCCUCCUCCUCGGCACCGUCCUCCUGUUUAUCAUCCCUCUCGUCCUCCCCCUCCACGGGCUCGAUCUCGGUCAACACACACACACACACACACAUCCAUACUCUCGUUUAACAUGUCGAACCGACAUCUCUUUUCCACACUCGACGGCCUCGUGCCCAAAGCCCUCCGCGGAAUCGUCGCCAGUAACCCGCGCCUCAACCUCGACGAGACCAACCGAGUCGUCUUCGAUCCCACCUCACCACCCACCAAUGUCAGCAUCAUCAGCGGCGGCGGCUCCGGCCACGAGCCAGGAUGGUCGGGAUACGUAGGCACCAACAUGCUCGCGGCGUCCGUGGCAGGUGAUGUGUUCGCCUCGCCGAGUACAAAGCAGAUCCUAGCGGCGGUCGAGGCCGUCCCGUCGGACCAGGGUACUCUGCUCGUCAUCACCAAUUACACGGGCGAUUGCCUGCACUUCGGCCUCGCAGCCGAGAAGACAAAGGCCAAGGGCAAGGCAUGCCGCAUGCUGAUCUGCGGCGAUGACGUCUCCAUCGGCAAGAAGGGAGGGUCAUUGGUCGGUCGGCGCGGUCUUGCCGGCCAGAUCGGCGUGCUUAAAGUCCUCGGCGCGGCGGCCACCCAGGGAGCGUCACUUGACGAGCUCUACGAUCUCGGCACCGCCAUGAACGGCCAGAUCGUCAGCAUCGCUGCGACCCUCGACCACUGCCACGUCCCGGGGCGGACCGAGCACGGUACGCUGGCGGAGAACGAGGUGGAGAUUGGAACGGGGCCGCAUAACGAGCCCGGAUACAGAAAGCUCUCGCCAGCUCCCACCGCGGAGGGGCUCGUGAAUGAGAUCCUCACGUAUUGCCUGGACGAAACCGAUCCGGAGCGGGGCUACGUCAACUUCAAGCCCGGGGACGAGACAGCGCUGCUCGUCAGCAACUUUGGCGGCAUGUCGAAUCUUGAGCUUGGUGGGCUGGUCGACGAGCUUCUCCAACAAUUACUCAACGACUGGAACAUGCAACCGGUCAGGGUGUACUCAGGCUGCCUGGAGACGUCGCUCAACGCCCCGGCCUUUUCGGUCUCCGUCAUCAACCUCUCCGGCAUCGCUGCCAACACCCCGUAUUCCGUCGAACAAAUCAAAGGCUUCUUUGACGUCAAAACAGAUACCGCCUGGGAGGCCGUUGCCGGGUGUCAGAACGAACCAGGACGGCGCGCGAGGGCAGACCAACUCGUCCAGCCACCGCCCGAGGCCAAGAAGACCAUCGACGACACACGAGACCUCAAGGUCGACCCCGCGCUGCUGGAAAGGAUGCUGCGCGGCGCCGCCGAGGACCUGAUCAAGGCGGAGCCGGACCUCACAAAAUGGGACACCGUCAUGGGCGACGGCGACUGCGGGCUCACGCUCGAGACGGGCGCGAAGGCGCUCCUCGACGCCAUCAACACCAAGGGCAUCACCGCCAAGGGGUCCGUGGUCGAGGUGCUCACCGAGCUGGAGGACAUCCUCGAGGGCAAGAUGGGCGGGACGCUGGGCGGGAUCCUGGGCAUCUUCUUCGUGUCGCUACGGACGGCGGCGCAGGAGAACAUCGCGCUCGCCCAGACCGAGGGCGGCGCCGUGGCGGUGUGGUCCAAGGCGCUGAUGAUUGCGGUGCGCCACCUCGCGCACUACACGCCGGCCAAGGUGGGCGACCGCACCGUGAUGGAUACCAUCAUCCCGUUUGCCGAGGCCAUGCAGGCGACGCAGAGUUUUCAGGAAGGCGUCGCGGCCGCCGUGAGGGGUGCCGAGGGGACCAAGACGCUCAAGCCGAGACUGGGAAGAGCGACUUACGUCGGCGCGGGUACGGAAGGGAAGGAGCUCCCUCCCGAUCCCGGCGCGUGGGGUGCCAUGGUGGUAAUUCGGGGUCUGCUCGCAUACAUGUGACGGGGAUGUAUGAUUGGAAACUUGAAAAGGUUUGCACCGUUGUAUUGUAUUUUAGCCGGUAAUCGCGUAUAAUUUUUAAAUGGAGCGUUGAGUUGCAAAGCACGCAUAGAACUUGAUGUGUAGAAUCCAGAGCUCCCGGAUAUCAUUUUGAUAUUUCCGGUUCACCGAGGUUGAUUGAGCGUGUUGAUGGCC